AUGGCGUAUUCAUCUAUUCCAUCAACGGAAACAAUAGUUGGGCCAAACUGGCUGGAGCUUCCAAGAGACGUGACAGCAAACAUUCUCCAGAGGCUAGGGACGUUUGAAUUACUGACUAGGGCAUGUCAAGUCUGCCCUUUAUGGUGGAAUAUAUGUAAGGAUCCUCACAUGUGGCGAACCAUUAAAAUGACCAUGUUGUUUUCUUCACGCUACCAUCGUAAGAACCAAUUAGUCAAGGUUUGUCGUAAAGCAAUUGAGCGAAGUUGUGGUCAGCUAGAAGACAUUGAUAUUGAGCGUUUUGCGACGGAUGAUCUUCUUGCAUACAUAGCUGACAGCGCUCUCCACCUCCGACACAUGAGGAUUGCAAUGACCUGGGCGCUCUCAAAUAAAGGAUUUAUUGAAUCUUUUGAGAAACUGCCAUAUUUAGAGAGUUUGGACAUUUCAUUUAACAUUAGACUGUCAAAGAAAUCCUUUGAAGUUGUUGGCCGAUGUUGCCCUCUACUAAAAACUUUGAAAUGCAGCAUGACAAAAACGAUCUUGAGCGACGUUGAUUAUGAUGAUUCAUUUGCCAUUGCCAAAACAAUGCCCGGACUACGGCAUCUUAAAAUUUCAGGACAAAUGCCUAUCAGUGAAGGAUUGUCUGCCAUUCUAGAUGGAUGUCCACUACUUGAGUCUCUUGACUUGAAAGAUUGUUAUUAUUUCCGCUUUGAAUAUACGGAAAACUUGGAGAAAAUGUGCCGUGAAAAAAUUAAAGAUUUUCAACCUCCAGAAAACUGCUACUCUUCUGACCAUGAUUCCGAUUAG